GCGACAUGCCGCGAAGCCGCUCAGUCGUGCGCCAACUCUCGUGCGGGUGGUAUCGUUUUCUCGUACUUCGAGUCAUUCCUUGUGGUGUACCGCGGAACGUAACGGACGAAAAGGCCCGCGUGUAGGCGUGGUGAACGCGUUGGCGCAAACGGAGCACGCGGUUUCUCGGCCGAGUCUCAGAGACGCGACGAAGUCGUCGUGCGCUCCCGGCGAAGGGAGAACGGUAGCGCGGUGCGCGAGGAUCCGCGUUUGAAAAUUGGACUUGGUCGGUACUUGGAUCAGUGUCAGCUCUCGUCCGCACUCGGGAAAAUCCCCGGCUUGCCGUUCGAGGUCGUCUCGCGGCUAAGUUUCGGAGCGAGCUGCGUGUCACGGAAUCAUCGCCGUCGGGCAUAGUUCUCACCGAAAAUACCCGCGGCGCAAUAAAAAACUUAAAGACGAUCGGAUAUCUUCGGGACGGUAUACACGCGAGGUGAUAAAAGUAUUGCGGCAGAGAUAUAUCGUAUCUGUGAUGUGCGAGUGAGCGAUGGAGUCACCAGUCAUGUACGAUUCAGCGGCCCACCAGGCCCAGGCCCACGGCGCGGCCGAUCUCAAGAAGAGCCAGGUACUCAGCAACAACAACAACAACAACCACCAGGGGAGCAACAAUAAUAACAACAGCAACGCGGCGAACAACAAUAACUCGGCGUUGCAGGUGAAUCACAAUCACAGCCAGCAGCAGAGCGGCUCGAUCGUGAGCAAGGUCUCAGCCAGCAAGGCUAGCCUUCACCAGCAGUACGCGGAACACUGCGCCGCUGCCGGCGAGCUGACGGAUCUGAACACGCCGGAGAUAUCGCUGGACCUCCAGCACCUGAUCGACGACAACCAGUUCAGCGACGGUCUGUUGGACAUGCUGGGCGCGAGCAACGGUGCCGUGAAGCACGUUAGAACGCCCGGUUACCCGCGUACCACGCUCGCUUACAUGCCGCAGCCCGUUCACAGCGGCGCGAGUUACCACCAAGGCAGUAACAGCUGUAGCGACAGCAACAGCUCGAGCUCGGAGUCGCCCAGCAUCAAAGAAGAGCCGUUGGACCCAGCGGAUUACCGCCGUCACUGCCCUCAGUAUCCACCGGGCGGAUACAAUCCGGUGGCGAACGGGCCGUUCGCUAACGGAGCACCGACGUUCACCACUUUGACGCCGUCCACGGUACCCGGUGGCCACCCGGGCGCACCGGUCCAUCAACCACCGCCCCGGGGUGGACCGAUGAAACCGGUGAUGGCCCAUCAGCAUCACGCGAACGCCGCGGCGUCUGCCGCGAGGAAACAGACGAAGGCGAUCGACAAAGCCAGCGACGAGUACAGAAGGAGACGCGAGAGGAACAACAUAGCCGUGAGGAAGAGCAGGGAGAAGGCGAAGGUGCGAUCGAGGGAGACCGAGGAGAAGGUGAAGCUGCUCGUCAAGGAUAACGACCUGCUCAAGAAGAGGAUCGAACUGUUGACGGAGGAAUUGAACGUUCUGAGGUCCCUGUUCAGCAGCGUCGGCGUGGUACCGGAACAGCUGCACCGCGAGAUCUCCAGGCAUCUCGAUCAGUUCCAGCAGCACGCGGUGGGGCCCAUGUAGCGCACGAAGUCGUCACCGGUAACAUCGCGCCGCCUCUUUUGCGCCUUUCUCUCGAACACCGGCGUCGACCUUCGUCCCUUGCCUUUCAAACCGAUUCGACUGUGAGAGCGAGGCCGACUUCCGGCUCGCCGUAGCGCGCGUUCUUCGAACGGGCGGGACGUCGCUUCGUUCUGGUACCGCGGAGCGGAGAACGCGAGGAGAUACACGUGCGUCCGUUCGUUCGGUAAGACCGCGGUGGGAACGGGACGAGAGAUACGGAGGGACGAGCAAAAGAACCAGGGAGAGAGCUAUUCGGCAGCUGGAGCUUGCGACGACUACUUCACGUGUGGAAGAAAAGUGCCUCAUGGCGAACUGUUCUUUUUUUUUUUGUACACCGAGUGCAUCGGACACUUCCCCGUUCGUCAAAACGAGAAAAGGUUUAGAAAAAACAUAAAAAAAAGAACAAUUCUCAAUCUCUCUUAGGAGCUUCUGCAAGAGGUAGAUAACGGGAGACGAUCGAUGCGUUCGAUCAUCUUCGUUCAUUUUUCUCAUUCGUAUCUGCCUUUUAUUAUUAUUAUCUCUUUUUCUCUUUGGUCUCUCAAAAUACGUAAGACUGGGUGAUUGUUGGCCGCGGGUCUCGAUCCACCUCAUCGCGCGAUUCGCAGCACGGACUUCGCGUCGCGAUUCCGGACAAAUCACGCAUCGAUGUGUACGAGCGCAUCAAUCACGCAUCCACAUGCGUAGGGACGUGCAUGCGCGCUUGUGUACACGCGAGUCCAUCCAACACGUGUACGCGCGUAAACGAACAGCGCAUACGUAAAUUCGUUCGCAUAAAUCUUCGCUUGACAUUAUACAUUUUCGAUGCACCGAUCGGUACAGACACACGCGUACACGAGGAGGAAACUCGCACACGCGAGACGUGUGGACGGCGCGUGCACCGCGUCGCGUUCUUAUAGACGUCGAACGAUUAAAUUAGAUCGUCGUUCUUCUCAUUAGCAUGUACCUAAAACGGCAUACCGAGAUACCGAAUAGAUUUUUUUUUGAUCAGUAUACGUGUACAAACCGCGACGACGACGACGACGACGUGGACACUCUCACCGAGAGGGUGGAAAGGGAGGAAACAGAACCAUACACACACUCACCUACGGAAUGAAAAAGGAUAAGCACAAACCUUUGUCACACGCUCUUGUAUUAUAGCUCUAUUAAUUUUAAUUUUAUUAUAAUGAGAUGUAUGUAAAUAUAAAAAAAGCUAAUAUAUUUUGUUAGAGAAACGAAACGAAGCGGACUAGCGUUUUCUGUGUGAGAGGGAGAGAAAGGUAGCGUGAAAGAAGGACAGCAGGAAAUGAGCAAAGUACAUGAAGAAUAUCCGGAAUGCGUGCGAGUGUAACGUUAAUUAUUAUUAUCUUCUGAACGUGGACGACGAGCUAAGAGAGCGAGGAGAUAGAUUUAUUUACCGAAGUUACCUGGGACUCGGUCCAACCGAGCCCCUUUUUACCUUGAGUUACCGUAUAGCAAAAAAAAAAAUAAAAUAAUAAAUCGCGUGAAGCGGGCUUCAUUCAUUUUUCUCUUUUCUUUUUCUUCUUCUUUGUCCGUAGAUUCGACCGCGUGCGAGAGAAACGAUAUUUGUUAUUUACCUUACGUUAGAUGCGUACUUAUCCAACGAGUUUUAAUAUUUCUCCCCCUAUUUUAUUUUAUUUCGUUUCAUUUUCUUUUUUUUUCUAAGACGUUUAUCGGGUCUCUCGGUGAUGCACGACUCAAUCGAAACGCGUGCACGCGGUACGCACGUAUUGUAUGCCACACGCGUGUGCACGCGUUCCUCGGCGUAUGACUGAUGUAUGUUAGAUACGAGAUUACCUGUCACGGUUGUCUUCUUGUCUAUGCACAAAUAUAUUUUGAUAUAAAACCA